AAACUCAUCAAUUUUUCUUUUCUUUUCUCUUCAAUCUUCCUUAUUCUCAUUUCAUUUUAAUUUGAGUUGAAGCAGUAGCAACUUGCAAUAUCAUGAUUACUGUGAACUGUAAAUAAGGUGAUUUUGAUUCAUCUUCACAAUUUCUGGGUUGCACCCUCUUUCUAAAUCUUUUCUGGGUAGCUGCCACUGUUCUUAGUUUCAGGUUUUUCUCUGCUUUUGGUUAAAAGCAUGAACUUGCUCUUUUGUUCAUUGUGAACUUUAGCUUGAUACUUGAACUGGGUCAGCAUAGAGUCCCAAAAAGGUUUGAUCUUUAGGCUUACCAAACGUUCUUCGUGCUUGAAUGACUGAUGGGUUGUGCUAGUUGGCCAAAUAUGCUCCUUACACAAGCUUUAAAUUACUAAGUAGUGUUUUGGUGUUUAGAGGCCCACGUAUCAUGUGGGUAAUUGAGCAUACCAGAAAAAUUGAAACUUUAUUGCAAGAGUUCAGAAUUCAGACACCCUGGAUCAGUUGUUCAAGGUCUUCUGAACUUGUGGCUUAGCAAGAUUCUUGGAAUGCACAAGUAAUGGGAUUGAAUAUUUGUCCAAACUGCAAAGAGUUAUUGGAAGGUUUUGAUAGCAAACAGAAGAAAAAUCUCAGGCAAAUGGGUGAUGACAAGUUGGUGACAGCUCUUUCUGAAAAAACAAAGGAUUGGAAGGAAAAUUUGGGGCAGAAAUCGUCAGAAGAAGUUAGUUCUUUGCCUCGAAUAGAGCCUUUUGGAUCUGAGAGAAACCUGCAUAUGGCAGACCAUGAUAUUAUAUCAAUGAUGGAGAAAUGGGGGUCUCCAACGCAUGAGCUAAUGUUAGACAGGUUGUCAGAAAGUGAGAAGCAAAAGCUGAUUGCUAACCUACUGAAGAAACAGAAUGAUGGGACUGUUGAAGUUGAUCUAGAAAAAAGUGCACCUGCUGUAUCAGAAUUGUUGGAGCUCCAACCUUUUGAAGAGUCAACAGUGAGCCGAAGUCUUACGUCUGAUACAAAAAAAUCAGCUCCCUGGUUACAAAUUGCCAUACUUGUGGUUGGAACUAGAGGCGAUGUACAGCCUUUCCUGGCCAUUGCAAAAAAACUUCAGGAGUAUGGUCAUCAUGUUAGGCUGGCAACUCAUGCUGAUUUUGGCGCAUUUGUAAAAUCUUCCGGUGUAGAUUUCUAUCCUUUGGGUGGUGACCCUCGUGCUUUGGCAAGAUAUAUGGUGAGAAAUAAAGGUUUAAUCCCAUCUAGUCCAACUGAAAUAUCCAUCCAAAGAAAGCAGCUGAAGGCCAUUAUUGAUUCUCUUCUUCCAGCAUGCACAGCACCUGACUUGGAAACAGGCAUUCCUUUCAGAGCUCAGGCUAUUAUUGCCAAUCCUACUGCUUAUGGGCAUGCGCAUGUUGCUGAAGCCCUUGGGGUACCCCUACACAUCUUCUUUACAAUGCCUUGGACGCCGACAUAUGAGUUCCCACACCCCUUGGCACCCGUUCCUCAAAGUGCUGGUUAUUGGCUGUCCUAUAUGAUUGUGGAUCUACUGAUAUGGUGGGGGAUUCGAGGAAUUAUCAAUGACUUCAGGAAAAGGAAAUUGAAGCUUCCUCCUAUUGCUUACUUCAGUAUGUACCAUGGAUCAAUAUCCAACCUGCCUACUGGCUAUAUGUGGAGUCCUCAUGUUGUUCCGAAACCUAGCGGACUAAUGAUACUUAACAAAUUUGCAGACUGGAGCCCUUUAGUUGAUGUUGUUGGUUAUUGUUUCUUAACCCUUGGAUCAAAGUAUCAACCACGGGAAGAUUUUGUCCAAUGGAUGCAGAAAGGAUCAGAACCUUUAUAUUUUGGGUUUGGAAGCAUGCCUCUUGAAGAUCCUAAAAGAGCUACUGAUGUUAUACUAGAAGCAUUGAAGGAUACAGAACAACGGGGAAUAAUUGACCGUGGCUGGGGAAACCUAGGGAACUUGGCAGAAGUUCCUGACAAUGUAUUCCUUCUAGAGGAAUGUCCUCAUGACUGGUUGUUUCCUCAUUGUUCAGCAGUGGUGCAUCAUGGUGGUGCGGGAACCACGGCUACAGGACUAAAAGCUGGGUGUCCAACAACCAUCAUCCCAUUUUUCGGAGAUCAGUUCUUUUGGGGAGAUAGGAUUUAUCAGAAAGGACUUGGACCAGCCCCUAUACCAAUAUCUCAGCUCAGUCUUGAACAUUUAUCAAAUGCCAUAAAAUUCAUGCUCCAGCCUGAGGUAAAAUCUCGAGCAAUGGAAAUUGCUAAGUUGAUUGAGAAUGAAGAUGGUGUUACUGCUGCAGUUGAUGCAUUUCACCGCCAUCUACCAACUCAGCUACCACUGCCAACUCCAUCUCCAAUGGAGGAGAACUAUCCAGAUCCUUUUCAGUGGUUUUUUCUCCAUCUUGCAAAGUGGUGUUGUUUGCCUUGUGGUGGUGUAUAGUUUUUCUUUUCUUAACUAUAUUUUUUUAUUCACUGUAUAAUUAUAUUUUAUAGAUUUCCACUUUUUCAGAAGGGCUGCCACAAUAGUUUGCUGAAUAUUUCAUUCAUUUUAUUCGUCUUUUUGUAAGGUGAGGGGUUCUAAAGAAGGUUCUGAUUAACAGAAUUGAGGGCACUUGUAAUGAGAAGAUUGGGUUGUGACUUGUGUUGUGAAUGCUACCAUAUUACAUUUUGGCAUUCUUAUUUUAUUUACUAUUGUUUA